ACAGACUAUAAAGAGACCCAAUGUCCUGUUUUAAUCUGUCUAAUGACAGAAAAUCUUCAGCAAAGUACUACGAAAAUCUUACAACGAAUAUACCUAAAGCAACUCUUUGAAGAUCUGCACAAUGGAAACUGAUAAAGGAAUGAAGGAGAAUCUUCGACUGAUUCUGGUUGGCCUUCAGGGAGUUGGGAAGAGUGCAGCAGGAAACACAAUUCUGGGCCGAGAAGAGUUUCAGUCUGACAUCAGUCCUACGUCACUUACAAUAAAGAGUGAGAAGAGAGAAGCAGAUGUCUGUGGAAGGACCGUGACUGUUGUGGACACUCCUGACUUGAUAAACAGUGAAAUAAAUGUAGAGGAGGAGAUGCAGAGAGCUUUGUCUCUGUGUGAUCCUGGACCUCAUGCAUUUCUGUUGGUUAUUCAGUUGGGUCGAUUCACUGAGCAAGAAAGGCAGGUGAUGGACAUCCUGCAGAAGAUCUUCUGUUCAAAUGUGAAUUCAUUCACAAUAGUGCUUUUCACCUAUGGAGACAAGCUAAAAACAAGCAAGAAUAAAAGCUUAGACCAGUUUGUCAAGGAAGAUAAAAACUUGCAGAACCUGAUCCAAAAAUGUGGAUCACUGUAUCAUGUGUUCAAUAAUACUGACAGUGAAAACACAAGUCAGGUCAGUAAGCUCUUUGAUUUAGUGGACAGUCAGUUAAAAAGGAGAAAAGAGCCACAUUAUGUUAAGAAAACGAAUGAGCAGAAAAACAUCUGGAUUGAACAUCGCCGCUACUUUGCUGCUGCUGCUGCUGUAGCUGCUGCUGCUGGUGUCAUUUAUGUGAUUUAUAAUUUCCUCAAGGCACCAACCCAAAGUAACGCCCAACCAAUUUAUACUCCAACUGUUCAAAUUGAUGAAAUACCAAAGAUGGAGAACGAUGUGACUCAAAGUGAAGCAAACUGGGAAAUUCCAAACCAGAACAAAGUUUACUUAACUUUAGCCGGUAUAGGCCUAGCAUUGUUUGUUUUGAGAAAAGUAAUGAGAAGAUAUGCACGAGUGUACAAAAUGCAGUUUGAUGGAUAUAAAGAAAAGCUUGCCAAAGUUAUUAAAAUGAGUGCUCAAGAUCUGCAGAAUCCAUGUGGUGAGCUCAGGAUUGUUCUCCUGGGAAAGACUGGAGUUGGGAAAAGUGCCACUGGAAACACCAUACUUGGAGCAGAACACUUCAAAGUUUGUUUAUCGGCAUCAUCUGAGACAAUGGUUUGCUGGAAAGAUACAAAGAAGAUUAAUGGCACAAAGGUUGCUGUUAUUGACACUCCAGGACUAUUUGAUCCCAGCUAUACUAUAGAGGAGAUGGUCAGCAGGAUUAAGCUGUGUAUUCCUCUUUCUACCCCUGGUCCACAUGUCUUCUUGCUGGUGCUUCAGCCUGGUAGGUUCACAAAAGAGGACCGUGACACAGUGGAGAUCUUUCUUCAGAUCUUUGGAGAAGAGGCAAGUAAGCACACCAUGAUUUUGUUCACACAUGGAGACAAAUUUGAGGGAAGAAAUGUUCAAGAGUUUGUCAGCCGCAAUCCAGACUUGGAGAAACUCUUUGCGAAAUGCCAGAAGCGAUACCAUGUGCUUAAUAAUGAGUCCAAGGAUGAUGAAGUGCAGGUUGAGCAGCUUUAUGAAAAAAUACACAAGAUGAUUUCUGAGAACGGAGGACGCUGUUAUACCAAUGAAAUGCUGGAGAUGGCGGAAAGGGCAAUUCAGGAGGAGAAACAACGAAUCUUAGGAGAAAACGAAGAGCAGAACUGCAGAGAGCUAGAGGCACUGAAAGCCAAAUAUAAUGCAGAAGAUCUGAAACAAGCUAUAGCAGAUUUGUCAAUGAAACUAGAGACAGAGGCAAGAGAGAGAGCUGAGAGAAACAACACAUUUCUUAAGACAAUUGUAGAGUUUUUGUUUACUACUCUUGAAAAGUAUGUAAUGAAGAAACUUGGGCAAUGAUUGGGUUCAGUUAUGUGAAUUUUAAAUAUA